UAUGAGAGCAAGCAAGGAGGAACAAGUAGAAUAAGUUGAGAUUAUUAAGAGCACCAUUACUCACAAUCUUAAAAAAAAUCAUCCCACUAUGGGUUUCGCGACGAAUGUAGGGAAGUAUACACUUGGUCGUACCAUUGGGGAAGGAACUUUUGCCAAGGUUAAGCUUGCUAAAAACAUCAACAAUGGCCAAAUUGUUGCUGUUAAAAUCAUUGACAAAGAGAUGGUUCGCUCUAAUAAUCUUAUGUCUCAGGUGCAAAGAGAAAUCAGUACCAUGAAGCUUUUAGAUCAUCCAAAUAUUGUAAGGAUACAUGAGGUUAUUGGCACAAAGACAAAGAUUUACAUAAUUAUGGAAUAUGUAGCAGGAGGACAGAUUUCUGACAAACUGUAUUAUGCAAACAAGUUAAGUGAGGAGGACGCAAGAAAAUACUUCCAACAGUUGAUUGAUGCAGUUGACUAUUGCCAUGCUAGAGGAGUAUAUCAUAGAGAUUUGAAGCCAGAAAACUUGCUUCUGGAUAACAAAGGAAACCUGAAAGUAUCAGAUUUUGGACUCAGCACGUUACAAAAGCCUGGAGGAUUAUUACAGACAGCUUGUGGUUCUCCAAGCUAUGUUGCACCUGAGCUACUGAAGAAGAAAGGAUACGACGGGGCAGCUGCAGAUAUUUGGGCUUGUGGAGUGAUCUUAUUUGAAAUGCUUGCUGGUUAUCUACCAUUCAGUGACCACAGUCUAUCAGCUUUGUACUCUAAGAUAAGGAGAGCUGAGUAUGAAUCUCCAAAAUGGUUUACACCAAGCCAUAACAAACUUAUUGGACGCUUAUUGCAUCCCAUCCCAAAAAAGCGAAUUACAGUUGCAGAAAUUAUAGAAGAUGAGUGGUUUCAGAGAGAUUAUGCACCUUCUGCAGGAAUUAAGUUCCAAGAAAAGAAUGACACAGAUGAAGAUGUUCAAGCAGUUUUCGAGUCUGAAAGGGAAAGUUCAGAAGAUGAAACCUUCCCUGAAACUCAAGGAUUUAUCAAUGCCUUCCAACUGAUAGCAAUGUCAUAUGAUCUUGAUUUGUCAGCCCUAUUCGAAGAUCAAAAUGACAAGGAGAACAAGAUUAAACUGGGAUCCAAGUACACAUUUCCUGAAACAAUACAGAAGAUAGAAGCAGCUGCAAGGGAUUCAAGUCUUUCUGUUGAAAGGAUGAGUAAUAGCAAGAUGCACAUCAAAUUAAAAUCGAAAUUUCGUUCAUCUUUUAAUCUAUUGAUAGAAGUGCUUGAAGUGGCACCAACAGAUUGCGUUGUGGAAGUAUCAAAAUCUUCUGGAGAAUCAGGAAUAUAUCAGGAGUUCUGCCGCAGUUUAUCUAGUCUGCUAUCAGAAGAAUCAGAUGAAGAUCUGGCAAAAGAUGUCAAGGGAUGAUAGAAUGAUGACAUCAUUAGGACGAAAUAAAAGAUGAAAAGUUUGCUGAAGCCAACAUGAUCCACAGCAACAACGGCAUAGAUUUCAGGAUUAUAGAGAGAACAAUUUUAUGAAUUAUUGUUGAUAAACCCCCCUAUAAUCCAGCGCUCACUACGCUCCGAGUAAUCCGGAUUUGAGCCAGGAUAUGUCCAAUUGGGGGUAAAGCUCUUGCAACAACUUAUGUUGCAUCCCAAACCCGAAACCUCUGCUUAAGAUGAAACAACUCCUUAGCUGUUGAUUCAAGCACUUGCUGGUGAGAAUCAUUAUGGUUUAAGUAGUCAAGUUCUUGAACAAAAGGUAGAUCAUUCAGUAUCGACUAUGUCAAUGUACAUAAUCCGGAAAUGUACCAAAUGCAUAUUAUUGAAAUUGAUUGAAUACUUCAUACAUUGUCAUAAUGGAGUAUAAAAAAAACUAGCCUUCUUCAGGGAGAAAAAAAAGCUAUCGCACAGCAGAAGUCCUUUGACUACUGACUGUGAUUAAUGAAAAGGGAAUGAUUACUGACAUUAUAUGCUAGAAAUAAACAUAUUGAACUCCCAGAAAAAUGACAUCUUAUAGAUUUGCAUCUCAGCAACACCAUGAGUGACGAAGAAGAUCAAACCAGGAAGUUGUUGAUCAUGUGGUAGAUCACAUCUACUCCAUCAGAAUUUAACCAAUAGCUCUUCACCUACAUUUAUUGGAGAGAAAAAAAAGUAACUAUUAUGCACGAUUUCUUAAGGAAAUUAAAGCACUUUACAAAAGCAAAUCUAUACGUUUAUAUUGAGGGCAUUGUGAAGCAAGUAUAUGCGCCACAUAGUACUCUCCCGUUCGCAUCAACACUAUAGAGUAUAGACUUAUCCAGUCAUCAAAUUAAAACUUAUGAUUCUCUUCUCAAAACCAAAUAUUUCUAUACUAUAUGGAAAUACAACUUCAAAAAACUAAGAAUCCACACAUAAUAGUUACAACUUCAAUUUAUGACAGAAAUAUUUCCAUGAAAUAGCCUGAGGCAUACAUAAUAGUUACAACUUCAAUAAGAAGUGGAAGCCCGUGUUUCUGGGCCAUAAACUCAAUUACAUAUUUCAAGACACUACCUUUCUAAAGAAAGAAAGGGAGUAGGAAAGGAUAUAUCAAAGAAGUCAUAUACUCAAACCACGGAAUUGUAUGAACUUCAUUCCUUUUCUCUUUUUUUUCCAUAAACUUGUAGAUAUAUAAAUAAAGAAGAUAAGAUGGGAGCCAAGAAGGGAGGGCAGAUUGGAAUGGGGUUUAGGGGGAACCGAGCAAAUUGCGAAAUACACUCCAAAUGGAGCAAAUAGCAAACACAGUUAUUUUCAGUCACUUGCCUGAAUGGUAUUAUGUGCAAUAUAUCGCUGUCUGCUCUGAUGGAAGCUGACAUCUACACGUUCCCAAGGUACUUGUUUAAGACCUCUGAUCAUCUCCUCUACAAGAGAAAAGAAAAGAAGAAAAUAAGUAAAAAAUUGAAUCUGAUAAAACGUUUGAAUAUAGACUGAAGAAAACUCAUUUUCAUAAUGUGUUAUAAGGUAUCAGACCACAGAAAAUCAGAAUAGCUAGCGAAAUUGCAUCCAGGUAUGAGGAAGUUCAUCAAUACUAGAAUAUCUUUUAAAAUCCUAGGAUAUAUCCAACACAACAAAUUGUCCAAAUUCUCAGCAAAGUAAAUAUUGAAAAAUUUAUUUGCAGGUAAAAACAGAC